CUUUUUUGAGUUGUAUCAACACUUGAACUUCAGCAAAAAGCUAAACCCACUGUGUCUUUCUCUCUUGUUCACAUUUUACUUAUUCAAGAACCUUCCUCUUUCACUAAGAUUUUACUACUAUUGCAGUUUGAAUCAUUAUUCGAUACUGGGAAACUAGGAUCUUCAUCCACUUUUGCUCCUAAUCUUUCUGUUUCUCUUCUUUUUUCGUAUGGCUUCAACUUCCUAGUACUCUUUCCAUAUUCAUAUUUGAAGAGAGAUGAGAAAUGGGGUCUGCUGGAUUUCUCUUCGUUUUCUCUCUGUAUUCUCUUUUCCUCAUGGAUGUUUCCACAGCCCAGAUGCCAGGGACAUGCUACCAAAACCCUGCUACACUUAGUAGUAGUUUUGUGAGUGUAGAUUGUGGUGGUUCCAAUAAUUUUACAGAUGAAAUAGGUCUUGAAUGGAGUCCAGAUAACUACAUGUUAACUGGAGAUAUAGUUAACAUAGUCGUAGCCAAUGAGACCAGAAAACAGUAUAAGACACUAAGAUCCUUCCCAGCAGAUGAUAACAAGUAUUGCUACACAUUCAAUGUUGUCAGUAGGACCAGGUAUCUCAUAAGAGCGACCUUCUUGUAUGGAAACUUUGACAACAACAACAAUGUGUAUCCCAAAUUUGACAUUUCGUUCGGACCUACACGUUGGGCUACUAUAAUAAUUUCAGAUGCUAAUACAAUAGAGCUUCAAGAGUUAAUAUUUCUAGCUACAGAUCCUACCAUCAGUGUUUGUUUGUCCAAUGCAACAACUGGUCAGCCGUUUAUAUCCACCCUUGAGCUCCGACAGUUUAAUGGUUCCAUCUAUUUCCAUCAGUUUGAGAGCCAAUUUUACCUCAGUAUGUCCGCAAGAAUAAAUUUUGGUGCAGAGAGCGACGAACCGGUCAGGUUUCCAGAUGACCCAUUUGAUCGAAUGUGGGGGUCUGACUCGGUGAGAAAAGCCAAUUACCUUGUUGAUGUUGCUCCAGGAACUGAAAAAAUAUCCACAAAGAUGCCAAUUGAUGUCAGCAGGGAUGAAUGGCCACCGCAGAAGGUAAUGCAGACAGCUGUAGUUGGCAGAAAUGGAUCAUUGACGUAUCGCUUGAACCUCGAUGGUUUUCCUGCUCCUGGUUGGGCAUUUUGUUACUUUGCCGAAAUUGAAGACUUAGGUCCAAGUGAUGCAAGAAAGUUCAGGUUUUUGCUCCCUGGUGCUCCUGAUCUUAGCAAGGCUGUUGUUAAUAUCCAAGAAAACGCCCAAGGACAGUAUCGUUUGUAUGAGCCAGGAUACUACAACAUUUCUCUACCAUUUGUUUUAUCUUUCAGAUUUGGGAGGACUUCUGAUUCUACAAUGGGUCCUCUGCUGAAUGCCUUGGAGGUCAAUAGAUAUUUGAAAAAGAGUGAUGGCUCUGCAGAUGGACCAGUUUUGGCUUCAAUAGCCAUGUCUUAUAUAUCAUUUAAGUGGGCAAAUGAAGGCGGUGACCCAUGCAUUCCAGCUCCAUGGUCAUGGGUCCAGUGUAGUUCAGAUCCUCGGCCAAUGAUAACAUCGAUUAAACUGUCUCGGAAGAAUUUGUCGGGAACAAUUCCAGUAGAGUUCACAAAGUUGGGCGGCUUAGUUGAGUUAUGGCUUGAUAAUAACUCACUGAGUGGUCCAAUUCCAGAUUUUUCUGGAUGCCCUAACUUAAAGAUAAUACAUCUCGAGGAUAACCGAUUGAAUGGUGAACUGCCUUCUUCCUUGGAAGAUUUGUCAAAAUUGAGAGAAUUGUACAUUCAGAACAAUUUGUUAGCUGGGAAAAUUCCAUCCGGUUUUCUUAAUAAAGACCUGAGUCUGAACUACACUGGGAAUGCAGGCCUUCACGAGGAGAAGGGAGGGAGCCAUAAGAAAAUUAUUAUCAUCGGGACAUCAGUUGGAGCUGCUGUUAUGCUAAUCGCUACCAUUACAUAUUUCUUAUUACCCAAAGGAAAGAAUAAACCUCCUCGUAAAGGAGAAUCUCCACAUAAUUUGCCUCCUCAAAAGCUUGCUUCUUCCCUGGGUGAUACAAAUACUGAAGCUGCUCAUUACUUCACUUUGGCUGAGAUCAAGGAUGCUACAAAUAAUUUUGAGAGAAGAAUUGGAUCGGGAGGCUUUGGGGUUGUAUAUUAUGGGAGACUGCCUGAUGGUAAAGAAAUUGCAGUCAAACGCUUGACCAAUGAUUCCUUCCAGGGGAAGCGAGAGUUUACCAAUGAAGUUUCUCUUCUUUCAAGAAUACAUCAUAGGAAUCUAGUACAGUUUAUUGGAUGUUGCCAAGAAGAAGGAAAAAGUAUUCUCGUGUACGAGUUCAUGCACAAGGGGACUCUUAAGGAACAUCUUUAUGGGCCCUUAACACUUGGAGGAGGAAUUAAUUGGAUUAAACGCCUUGAGAUUGCUGAGGAUGCUGCCAAAGGAAUAGAUUACCUCCACACUGGUUGUGUUCCAGCAAUCAUUCAUCGAGACUUGAAGACCAGCAAUAUUCUUCUUGACAAGAACAUGAGAGCUAAGGUUUCAGAUUUUGGCCUAUCGAAACUAGCAGUUGAUGGAGCUUCCCACGUGUCGAGCAUAGUUCGAGGAACUGUUGGUUACCUUGAUCCUGAAUAUUACAUCUCCCAGCAGCUUACAGAUAAGAGCGAUGUCUACAGUUUUGGGGUCAUCCUCCUUGAGCUAAUAUCCGGUCAAGAAGCAAUCUCUAACGAAAAUUUUGGACAUAACUGCCGAAACAUAGUCCAGUGGGCAAAGUUGCACAUUGAGAGUGGAGACUUGCAAGGGAUCAUCGACCCUGCAUUGCACGAAUACGACAUACAGUCGAUGUGGAAGAUAGCGGAGAAGGCACUGAUGUGCGUGCAGCCCCACGGGAGCAUGAGGCCGUGGAUGUCUGAAGUCAUAAAGGAGAUCCAAGAUGCACUCGCUAUUGAGAGGGGGGCAGAGGCAGUGAGGGAAGGCAGCUCAGACGAAAUAUCUAGGCGCUCGGCUCACUCGUCCCUCAACUUGGGCUUGUUGGAUAUCGGCUCCAGCGACCACCACUACUUGGCCAUCGAUGAAUCCAUUGCACGCCCAACUGCUCGGUAAAAUUCUUGUGAUAAUUUUUGGUUGGAUUGCUUUUGCAGCUAGAUUUAGUCACACAGCCUGCUGCUGGGAUAAGCCAAAACAGUUGGUGUAGAUUUACGGUAAAUUCCAGCCUUUUUUGCUCUCUUUUUUAGGAUUGGUCUAUAUAUUGUUCAUCAUUCUUGACCAUCUUCAGAUUUUUUUUUCUGGGAAAUAUAUCGUGCAUUCUGUAAAACUAUAAUUUUUGAUGCGAUAAUUAAAGUGAAUAGUAGUGUCCGUUUCGUUUCUUUA